UCCAAAGCUGCAAAUGUGGUGAUAUAAUGAAUCUUAAAAAAAAACAACCCCAGCACAUGGUUGUGUUAAAUCUUAGCAUCACAGAUAGCUUAUUUCCGACCGGAGGGGAUGGCAACACCCAUGUACAAGCCGUGACUAACCGUGUGCCUGAACUACAGCCCGCCUCUGUUGCCGGGAGGAAGUUGUUGGUUCCCAUAGGAACGGUUUUGUUUACGUUCCAGGUUGCCCUGAGUUCGCUCCUCUGGGCCAAGGGGAAACAUGCUUUGCUGCUGCAGGAACCAAGCCUGAAGGCACAACCUGGAGCUAAUUUGGUAAAGGAAGCUGCGGACACACAAUUUGGCCGGACAGGUUCUCCGUCCUAGUAGCUAAGUGGUAGUUUUGUUCCUGCUUUUCCACCCUGGGAUUUCAAAAGGACAAUGGCAAAACUCUUGCAAGUUCCUCCCAGGUUCUUUCCCUCAGAGUGGCACAUCGCUAACAAGACCCAGUAUGCCAGUGCAGAGUCUCAGAGAUCCAGGUCGGAGCGAGUUGUAGAGGAGAGCCAGAGGCUGGUGGACGAAAUCGAAAAAACAACUCAGAAAACCCAAAGCGACGUCAACAAGAAAAUAGAGCAGAGACUUGAAGAAAUAAAAUACUGGAAGCAAGAAUUAGAUGACAAACUCGAGGAGCUUGUUAAUGAGACAGAGGUGCUGCUGACUUUUAAGACAAGGGUAGAGAAAGCUUUGGAGAGCUGCAGAGAACCCCUUUUCAUUGCUCAAGAGUGUCUCCUGAACAGGGAGAGGCGAGUUGGGAUUGACUUGGUCCAUGACGAAGUGGAACGGGAGCUGAUAAAGGAAGUGGAAGUACUUCAAGGGGUUAUGGCCUUGCUUGAACGCACACUGGAACAAAGCAAUGAGCAAAUUAGGCUAAACCGUUCUGCUAAAUACAACCUGGAAAUGGAUCUGAAAGACAAGUUCACUGCCUUGACAAUCGAUAACUAUUGCGCCGACUUGACAAACAACACCCCUGAUAUCAGAUACGCCAAAAAUGUAGUGAAGGUGGAAGGGAAUUCUGUGAGCCCUGAGGACUGGGUCGAUUUCUCAAACAUAAAUGUCGAAAAGGCCGACAAACAGAGGAACAACUCCUUGGCUCUGAGGGCUUUGAUCGACAGCAUCCUGUCCCAGACGGCUGGGGACAUGCGCAAGCAGUGCGACACAGUGAACGUUGCUUUCCGAAAUCGGGUGAAGGAGACCAAAGAUGCAAAGAGCAAACUGGAGACACACCUGGCAAAGGUGAUGGAUGAGAUAACAUCCCAGGAGAAGAACAUUGCAGCCUUAAAGAAAGCUGUUGCCGAUAAAGAAGGACCUGCUAAGGUGGCUCAGACCCGCUUGGAGGCCCGGACCCAUCGUCCGAACGUGGAGCUGUGUCGUGACAUGGUGCAGUACCGGCUGAUGAGUGAAGUUCAGGAGAUCACAAGCAAUAUUCAGAGAUUAAAGGACACAUGGGCACAGGCUGAGGCAGAGCUGAAGGGCCUGAGCCGCCGGCAGCUGUCCCUAGAGGAGGAGAUCCAGGUCAAGGAGAACACGCUGUACAUCGAUGAAGUGCUCUGCAUGCAGAUGAGGGAGUCCAUUUCCAUCAACAACUUCUGAGACCCUGACAUCAGUGAUAGCACACUGCACAGCGGGCCAGUGUCUGCUGAGAGAUGCUCCGGAGCAAGGCUAGAGCAACUCUGAGCUGUCCCCUACCAACUCUGGAUUUACCCUGGGGUAACUUUGACCAGAUCCCAGCCCUGUGUGCUCACAAAUGAAUUAAAAUGGACUUAAACUGUCCCCAGGUGCCCUUGUUCCAAAGAAUACCCAAGUUCCAGAGGCUCCCCGUUUAAACAAUACAGUUAUGGAACAAAAGGAAAGCCCCAUUUUUACAGUCACCUGAUCUAUUUUGGAUGCUGCCAGUGUCACUUCAGCACUUACUGCUUUUUAAAUGCUGUGAGCUAAAACAGAAGUUCCUACAUAAAGUCAUUAGUUUUGGCAGGGGUGCCAGUGAACCUUAGAUGCGAUUGUUUUUCCAGUGCCUUAAGAUGCUAAGAAUGUGCAGUAGCUCAAUACCUGCUGGCUGCGUCAGCGUGACCUAAUGGAUGGCGUGUUGGGACCCAGGACACCCAGAUUCAAUUCCAGGCUCUGCCACUGGCCUGCCGGAUGACCUUGGGCAAGCUGCUUCCCAUCUCUGUGCCUCUGUUUCCCUUUUUGUAAAAUAGUGGUAAUAAUAGUGCUGUCCUUAGAGAUCUGUGAAUGAAGCAUACUAAAAUGA